UGUAGAGAGAGAGAGAGAGAGAGAGAGAGAGAGAUGCUGUUGCCAGGGAACAGUCGGCAUAGAAGACCAUUCACAGCAGCUCAUGGAGUAAAAACACAAAGAGAGACUUGAUAUAUUUGUGGUGUUUUUAGAAUAAACAGGCAGAUAGGAACAGGAGGAGUAUCCCAGUAUGGACUGGAAUAAACCAACAUGAGCAGAGAGGAUAGUACAGUAUAACUGCUGAAGAGGAAUUGGCACAGAUGAAAUAGCUAUUAUGGGAUGGAGAAAGGAGGGAUUAUCACAAAAGGAUUUAGAGUAUAAAUAGAAUUACAUGGGCAGAAUAGACAACCAGAAACAGUCAUAAUGAUACCAGCAUUGAUGCCUUCAAUUUAAAGGGUUGAGUGGAACUCUAAAGGAGCCUGUCACUUCAGUCUUCACGGCCAGUCUCUUUCACAUUCUCCUUCCCCAACAGAGGUGGCCAGGGGGGGUUAGGGAACAGAGCUGCCCCCUGUCUUCAGACACCUGCUGCUGCCUUGACACAGGGGAUGUAGAGAGAGAGGGGGGCGCCUCACGAGACCCAUGCAUCAAACCUGGUCUGAAGGAUUACAAUUCCUAGCUGUCCAAUCUUUACAUCAGUGAGUAAGGAGGGUGGAUGCACAGGGACGCACAGACGGACGGACGGAAGAGAUUCAAAGGAUCUCUUAUUGCCCAUGCCCCUCUCCUCCCCUCCAUGGAAUGAGGCGACUGUAAGAAUGGAUAACAUGGAGUAUAAAGACGAGUGGCAGGAUGAUGACUUUCCCAGACCACUUCCUGAGGACGGUGACAUGGAGUCUUCCUGUGGUCUCACCGAUGACAAAGCCUCUCCCCCCAACUCUUUGAAUGUUAGUGCAAGUGGAGGUGGCGGAGGUGGAGUAGUGUCCACCCAUCGCAAGCGCCGUACAUUAGUGGCCCCGGAUAUCAACCUGUCCCUGGACCACAGCGAGGGUUCCCUGCUGUCUGACGACUUCCUGGAUACGCCCGACGACCUGGACAUCAACGUCGACGACAUCGACACCCCUGACGACAACGACUCUCUGGAGUUUAUCACCAAUGGCAAUGAGCUGGAGUGGGAAGAUGAUACGCCGGUGGCCAUCGCCAAAGCGGAGCCUGGUGACGGAGAGGAGGAAGACUGUGCUGAUGGGACGGGGGGUAACGGGCGCCUGUGGAGGACCGUGAUCAUCGGGGAGCAGGAGCACCGUAUUGACAUGCAGGUCAUCAGGCCGUAUCUCCGCGUCAUCACCCAUGGGGGUUACUAUGGUGAGGGUCUGAAUGCCAUCAUAGUGUUCUCAGCCUGCUACCUGCCCGACAGCUGCUGUGCAGAUUACCACUACAUCAUGGAGAACCUCUUCCUGUAUGUGGUUAGCAGUCUAGAAAUGCUGGUGGCUGAGGACUAUUUGAUCAUCUACAUGAAUGGAGCCACACCGCGGGGCAAGAUGCCGGGCAUAGGAUGGCUAAAGAAAUGCUAUCAGAUGAUUGAUAGGAGGCUCAGGAAGAACCUGAAGUCUCUGGUCAUUGCCCACCCCACCUGGUUCAUCCGCACUGUGCUGGCCAUAUCCAGGCCCUUUAUCAGUGUGAAGUUUAUGAAUAAGAUCCAGUAUGUACACAGUCUGGAUGAGCUGGCAGAGAUAGUCCCCAUGGAACAUGUGCAGGUCCCAGAAUGUGUAAUGCAAUUUGAGGAGGAGAGGAUCAAGGCUCGGAGAGAAAGGAUGGAGCAGGAACAGCGGCAGCAGGAGCAGCAACAUCAGCAACAGGCAAACCCACAGGAGUCUUCUUCAGCCAAGGCAGAGAGGCCCAAGUCAAUGAUCGCAGAGCAAGGAAUCUGAAAAGGACCUCUUCCUCUAUGUUCAUCUCAUGUUGCUGAAAGAAGUUUGGAGCAUGGAAACAAUGUUUAAUAAGAAGCAAGAGGAAGGCCAACAAGUCUAAGAAUACUUCCUAAUUUAUCAAUAUCAAGCUGAAGAAAGAAUAAUGAUUUUUCCAUCGUGAUGUGAACCGACCUGACCCCCAGCACACACACACACACACAUACACACACACUCCUCUGAAGACCUUAGGUUGCGACUGAUUCCAAGGAAUCAGAGGAAGGCAAAGUCCUGACAGGUACUCUCGCUGUUACAAAGACUGUACAACUGCAUAUGUUACUUCAUUUUUACGACCGCUUGAAGCAGUUACUUUUCAACCCCCAAGUUCCCACCAUGAGUUUUGUAUCCAUUUCAAAUAUAGAUACCAGUGUGAAAGUGAAAUCCCUUUGCAUUAGUCAAGAUGUAAGGAAAACGUACAAGAAUAUUGAAGAAAAUGUUCCACAGGACAUGUAAGAAAACAGGAAUAUUGUAGAACAUUUUCCACAGGACAUAUUGCAACUGGUGUAAGCUGUCAGUAGCAGGCAGGCAGGUAACCAGACCUGUUUGAUGUGUUGGAGGCUCUUGCGGGGACCACGGUAGACUAGACUUGAGGAUGUAGUGUAUGCUGAGAGGAGGAUAUGAUCAAAGAGGAGAAGAAGAGGGAAGAGAGAGUCAAGCAAUGCUUCCCAGAGAGCUCAGCAAUGGUGUAUGCUGUGGCAUAAUAAAUGAUCUUUCACCCAUUAGCGCAAUGCUACUCCUUGUGUAGACCAGAAGGCUUUGCGAGACAUCAGAUGCCUUCACCUUUGCUUUGUUUUUGACUCAUAAUGUCUCCUUAAACAGGCCUUAUUUUUAAUCUGCUGCGUUGCAUGAAUCAUUUUGAUGCCAUUGUUCCAUAUUCCUAGAUUGUUCUGGGGAUCAUUCAGUGCCCAACCAACCCAUGUACCUUACAUUCUGAUGUGCCGCGCAAAUUCUGUCUGUACAUGAAUAUGAAGGCACACUGAAAGUAAGACCAACAAGACAUUUGCUGUUUUUGACUGUAAUCAAGAGGACAGCAUUUAGUUUAAAUUACUUUAGUCAUUCAUGUGAUUUAAUCACAUCAUUUUUCCAUUGUGCUUUGUUUUUGGUGCAGUCAAAGCAUGUCAACAUGUUGCAAGCCUGUAAUGUCCCUUCAGAUGUCCUAUAAGAUAAUAGACGAGCUGUAAACCUUCUAUUGGAUAUUCACCUAAUGGAUGGUAGAGGGGAGGUAGUGUUAUAGUUUUUAUUUUUGUAAGAAUUACAUACAUGAUGUUUUGCCAGUGUAAGUGUUGUUUUGCACUAUUGAAUUUGAUUGUCAUUAAAUGGUUAGCAUAGAAUAUAUCUGUGUAUAGGUUGGCUUCCUAAUACUGUAUGUAACUCAAGAUGGAUUUUUUGUGCUAUCGACAUUUUUGUGCAUUUAGUAUGUACAAUUUCAUGCAUUUUUGGUUACCUGUCUAGGCAUGCACAUCUAUAGCAAGUAUGAUGAUGAGAAAUGUCUAGAUGUUUCUGAAAAGCCAUCCAACUUCAAAAUGUUACUGUACCUUGAUUCAUGUAAAAUUGAAGAUAGACAUUUUCUGUGGACAGGUAUUGUGAAGAUGAUAAUGGGCUGGACUAGAGAUAACCGAUAUUCAAAGGACAGAGUAAGAAAAUGUCUUCAGAAAAGUUUACGAAACAUUCCGAACACUGGAACGUUUAUUUUGCCUUUAAGAUAAAAGGUAGGCCUAAACAAGGCACAUAAUUGCAGGAGUUCUUCUGUAGUCUCCCAAUGUUGCUGGGGAUAGUGCCCUUUUCUAAGGAAUGUCAGUUCUUCUGAGUGCCUAUCUAUCUUUCAACCAAAUUCUACACAGAAAACUAUGAUGUGGAAUGUAAAAAUAUAUUCUCUUAACACUUAGUUGACUACUGGGACUUUUUCCAAGUCAUUGGUAGUAAACUGAUUUUGUUGACAGUAGUGUAUUUUGUUUUGGUAAAUGUUCUCCAUGGAAAGCAACUCCUGAGCAUCCAAAAAAGGAUAUCAAUCAUAUUUUCAGUCUUUAAAAGCACAAUAUGUUAUUACACUGGAUGAUUUGAAAUAGAUCAGUGGGUAAUUUGUCUGCUAGCAUACUGUCUCUAGCUUAUUAAAAACAAAAUGCAAAGCUCAAAAUGGGGAUCGAAGAUUAGCUAUGUUCUUUAGAUUGGGACGGUAAAUUCUUCCAUGUAAAUAAAAAAAUCAACUGUUCCACCCAACAA